UAUGGUCGGGUCGUAAAUAUCAGAACUAUUUUAUAAGUACUGGUCACCUACUAGAAGAUUAUUUAAAAAAUAAAAUACAUUUAAAAGUAAGCUGUCACUUGCAUGUUUAUAGUUCUUAAAAUAGGUUCGUAUAAUAUUUAUAUCAAAAUUUAUCCUUACGCUCAAUAUUACUAUCGUUAUGCUUUUCUCUGCCAGUUGCUACUGUUAGCGCUAAUUUUUUAUUAAUUUCAGCAAAUUAAAGUGUGAAAAUGUCAGAAAGACCAAAACGGCCUAUGUCCGCGUAUUUCCUCUGGCUGAACAGUGUCAGAGAGCAGAUCAAAGCUGAGAACCCUGGCAUCAAAGUCACGGAGAUCGCCAAGUUGGGAGGGCAAAUGUGGCAAAACCUGGCCGACAAGAGUGUGUGGCAAGAACAGGCUGCUAAAUUGAAGGAGAAGUACUUGAAGGAUUUAGAGGAAUACAACGCCAAGAACGGCAGCGGCGAGGGGCGCGUGAACCGCUCUUCGAGAUUCUCCUCAUCCUCGUCUGAUGAUGAUGAUGAGGACACCGAAUGAGCAAGUAAGGAGUUGUAUACGUAUUUUGUCGCAAAAUUGUCCGUCCGUAAUGUUAUGUUAUUUUAAUAGGGAAGGUUAAUUUUAAAAUAUAAUUAGAUUUUAUUGA